GAGUGGGAGAGUCUGAUUACAGGGAAGGGAAAGCUGUAAAAUUAGUGUUGGGCUGUCACUCGGCCCCGUGUGCUCGGGGACAGUGGGGUGUUACUGAGGCUCUGCAGACUUUGCUGCAACGAUGUCCCAGGGGAGAAUUCCAGCAGAAGACAAACAGAUGGACGAGUCCAUGCGCUCCUUCGCGGAGAAGAUCUUUGCCUCCGAGGUGAAAGAUGAGGAGGUCAAGGGAGAAAUCUUCGAUGUGGAGGAGAUCGCCCCCAUCUCCUGGCAGGAAAUGAAGGUGCACAUGAUGCUGCAGGAGAGAAGUGUCACCACGGAGAAGCGGAAGAAGGGCCAUCUCCGCUUGAAGACAGUUGCGUUGGCACUGCCCUUGGUUCAGAAGUCUGUCAGCAGCCUGUCUGCCAUGGAUGAGGUCAUCUCCACCUCCCCCCUCUACCAGAAUGUGCCUGCCUUCCAGAGGGUCCAGAUCAGUGGGGAUUAUGCCUCUGGGGUGACAGUGGAAGAUUUUGAGGUUGUCUGCAGAGGUUUGUACCGUGCCCUGUGCAUCCGGGAGAAGAACAUGCAGCGCUCUCUGCAGAGGUUCCCCAAGACCCCCUCCCAGUACCUGCGUGCCAUCGAGGGCGAGGCCUGGAGGGCGAGUGACACUGGCCCAGUGUUCAACCCACCAGUGAAGGAUGGACAGGAUCCCUUUGAAACUGAGAGUCUCCCCGAGGAUCUGGGAUACCACAUCCAGAUGAAGGACGGGGUAGUUUAUGUCUAUGCCGACAAGGCGGCAGCUGAGAGAAAUGAGCCAAAGGACCUGCCCUACCCCAGCCUCGAGGACUUUGUGGAUGACAUGAACUUCCUCUUGGUCCUGAUUGCAAAGGGGCCUGUUAAGACCUACACUCACCGGCGCCUCAGGUUCCUCUUGUCCAAGUUCCAAGUGCAUGAAAUGCUCAAUGAGAUGGAGGAGAUGAAGGAGCUGAAGAACAACCCGCACCGGGACUUUUACAACUGCCGGAAGGUGGACACGCACAUCCAUGCUGCAGCCUGCAUGAACCAGAAGCAUCUGCUGCGUUUCAUCAAGAAAUCCUACCACGUGGACGCCGACCGCGUGGUCUACAACGCCAAGGGCAAACAGCUCACCCUGAAACAGCUCUUCCAGCAGCUCAAUCUGCACCCCUACGACCUGACAGUGGAUUCUCUGGAUGUCCAUGCUGGCCGACAGACAUUCCAGCGCUUUGACAAGUUCAACGACAAGUACAACCCCGUGGGGGCCAGCGAGCUGAGAGAUCUGUACCUGAAGACAGAGAACGCCAUCAACGGCGAGUACUUUGCCACCAUCAUCAAGGAGGUUGGCUCCGACCUGGAGGACGCCAAGUACCAGCACACGGAGCCUCGGCUCUCGAUCUACGGGCGGUCAGAGGAGGAGUGGGCCAAGCUGGCCAGGUGGUUCAACACCCACCGGGUCUAUUCCCCCAACAUGAAGUGGAUGAUCCAAGUACCCAGGAUUUAUGAUGUGUUCAGGUCUAAGAAUUUCCUGCCCAGCUUUGGGAAAAUGCUGGAAAAUAUCUUUGUUCCUGUGUUUGAGGCAACUGUCAAUCCUCAAGCCCACAAAGAGCUGAGUGUCUUUCUACGCCACAUCACUGGCUUCGACAGUGUGGAUGAUGAAUCCAAGCACAGUGGACACAUGUUCAGCACCAAAAGCCCAAAGCCAGAGCAGUGGACUUCUGAGAAGAAUCCAUCCUACACCUACUACAUCUACUACAUGUACAGCAACAUCCUGGUGCUGAACAACCUGCGCAGGCAGCGUGGGAUGAACACGUUCCUGUUCCGCCCGCACUGCGGCGAGGCCGGGGCCAUCACACACCUGCUUGCAGCCUUCAUGACAGCAGAUAACAUCUCCCACGGCCUCAACCUCAAGAAGAGCCCAGUGCUGCAGUAUCUGUACUUCCUCGCCCAAAUCCCCAUUGCCAUGUCCCCACUCAGCAACAACAGCCUCUUCCUGGAGUAUGCCAAGAAUCCGUUGCUUGACUUCCACCAGAAAGGGCUCAAGGUGUCCCUUUCUACAGAUGACCCCAUGCAGUUCCACUUCACCAAGGAGCCCCUCAUGGAGGAAUAUGCCAUCGCCGCCCAGGUCUUCAAGCUCAGCACCUGUGACAUGUGUGAGAUCGCCAGGAACAGCGUCCUGCAGUGUGGCCUGUCCCACGAGGAGAAAGUCAAAUUCCUGGGCGAAAACUACCGGGAAGACGGGCCCGAAGGCAACGACAUCCGGAAGACGAACGUGGCCCAGAUCCGCGUGGCCUAUCGCUACGAGACCUGGUGCUACGAGCUCAACCUCAUCGCCGAGGGGAUGAAGAACGAAUAGGCAGGGGGUGGGAGCGCGGGGCCGGGGCUGUGCCGGACUCUGAGGGCACCGGGGCGGUCGCGCAGUAAAACCCGGUCUGAGAAGCGGC